UGGAGCUAUGUCUGCAUAUAAAAACUGAAACUUUAAUUUCUCCGACAUUCCGGAGUAACUCUUUGGAACUGACUGAGUUUCUAAGUUCCGACAUGUAUGCUUUUGGUUCUGCUUAGAGUGUGGGUGAUGAAUUUCAUCGAUGCCGUCACACUCGACACACCUAAACGCGUAUAUGUGGAAAAUUAUAGCAUUCCUUAGUACUUUUCAAUCAUUACGCGUUUGAUUUGUUGGCUGAAUAUACCAAAAGCGUGAGAAACUUUAAAAUCUGUGUAUUUAAUGAAUAAAUCGACCAAUUCUAAGUUCAAACUGCUACUUCGUAAUAUCUCAAAGAUUUAAUACUAUAUCUAUAUAAUACUGCAUAUAAAUCUUCUCAUCUUUUCCUAAAUCAAAUACCUUUGGGAUAUUCAGUAUGCUAUUGACUUUUACGAUUUGCCCUUAUUUGUUUUAAAAUAUGUAAAUAUAAAGAGAGAGCUGACGUUUGAAAAUGAAGCUUCGCUGCACCUUACCUCUUCCUGUUUUAUAAAUAUUCAGAAUCUGUAUUUGUUUCGGUUACAUUGUACUGGUUAUUUUUGCUGUCUUGCUUUGAUGGUUGUGAAGAGGCAUUUUAAUGGGGAUAAAGAUGGUUCUGAACCGUCUAAGCGCAGACAAGAAUUUCGGAUGCGGGCUUUUCCACGUGUGGUUUCAGAGCGUGAGGUUCAACAAUUCUGGGAACCUUUUUUUCGAAGAGUGGUACAGGAGGAGUUGGAUCGUGUUUUGCAAUCAAUUCACCCAUGUCCAAGAUCCUCGCCUCAGCCUGCUGCAUCUGGGGUGAGGAGCUUGCAUUUGCGCUUUGUCAAUGCAUUGCCCUCUCACAUAUUCACAAAAAAUAGCUUAAAAGCUGAGGAUGGUACACCCAUCAGAAUUGAACUGUUUGAUACUCGGUCCGGGACUAUAGUCAAAGCCGGUCCUCUUUCCACAAUAAAGCUUGAUAUUGUCGUCCUUGAUGGUGAUUUCUGUUCUGAUGACCAUGAAGACUGGACCGAGCAGGACUUCAAUGCCAGUGUUGUACAUAAAAGAGAAGGUAAAAGGCCAUUAUUGGUUGGGGCUGUGAAAGUGACCUUGAUCGAAGGUGCUGGAUGUAUCGGUGAUAUCCAAUUCACUGAUAAUUCAAGCUGGACGAGAAGUAGAAAAUUUAGGUUAGCAGCAAAACUUGAGCAAAAGCUUUCUGGUGAAGUAAAAAUCAGGGAAGCUACAAGUAGAAAAAUUGUGGUAAAAGAUCACCGCGGAGAACUGAAUAAGAAACAUGAAACUCCAUCCUUGGGGGAUCCAAUAUGGCGUUUGAAGAAGAUACGAAGAGAUGGUACAAACUAUAAUCAAUUGACUUCUUCUGGAAUUCUAACCGUCAAAGACUUACUGCUGCAACACGCAAUCAAUCCAUUCAAAUUACGCAAUCUUUUGAAAAGGGUGGCAGAUAGAAAAUGGAAGGAAAUCCUAGAAAACGCAAUGGCUUCUGUUGCAAAUGAUCAUAAGCUUUAUGCUUACCACAGGGCUGGUGAACCUGUUGGCCUCCUGUUCAAUUCUAUCUAUCAGGUUGUAGCGGCCACAAUUGAUGGCCAAAACUAUUGUCCUGUGCAAACACUAAGCUUAGGUGAUAAGCACGCUGUGGAAGUUGUGAAGCAGCAAGCGUACGAAAAUAUCAAUGAUUGGGUCCCGGCCAAUGAGCUAUCAACUGUAAGCUUUUCAAGGCCCUCAGGAAGUCUACAGAAUUAUCCAUUUAAUGUUCCAGAACAAAGUCCACAACAAUUUGAGUUCCCACUUCCAGUCACACAUCAAGAUCAAGAAGAAAUAUGGCCGAAUUUCAACCACUCACAUCCGUCAUUUUCAGCAUCACAUGCCCAAGCAGGAGAAACAAGCAAUCAAAUAGAAGCUUCUGGACUACAAAGCAGUCAUCUAAUGCCUGGCAACGGUUUGAUUGAUGAUCAUUGGAUUCAACAUUACAACACAGAGGUGCAAGUUUUGCCAAGUGUUUAUACACCUGAUAUCAUUCCCGGGACACCAUGGAUGCAGGGAAAUGAUCUUUUCAUUUUUCCGAGCAACCAAGCAGAUUUUGACAACUUCACUCUCUCCAACUCUGGUGUGCCUAUUUCAAGGGCUGGAAAGGCAGCAUGGUGUAAGAUUCGGGCUGCUGUCAAGUGGAGAAAAGUUUGGCGGGAUGUGGCUGCUAAAAGAUUGGCAUUCUAGACUCUAAUUGUGAAGAAGUUCUCCUUGGGAAGGUUUUACCUAUAUCUAUAUUAGCUUAAUUUGUAAGAUACCUUUUUCAGCAACCCCAUCCUUUCCUUCUUAUCAAGUUCAGUGAAGGAGAACAUGUAACUGUGUGAUUCUUGGGUCAUUAUGUACAAAGUAUUUUAGUGAUCGAUAUGACACUGUAUAAUACCUCAUAUUAGGGUAAAGGAAGGUGGUGACUAUCAUUCCACAUGGUUUGGGAAUAAAAAGUUAUUGCCCUUUA